AGCUCCGCCGGGGACUUCGCAGUGACAAAGCAGGGAAGACGAGCCCGGCGCCCGGGUCCUCCGCCGUCCCGCGGCCGAGCGGGGCGCUCCUCAGGAAGUGUUUGGAUUGUCAACUUUUUCAGAACUUAAUUCUCAGGACUCAUUUUAACAUUUGGGAGAAAAACAUCCAGAAGGUGCUGCUCAGCUGACUGAAGAAAUCCAGAUGACAUCAGCGCUGCUUGACAGUACCCUUCUCAACUUCCUUUCUCGGAGAGCAGAGAGGGAUUCAAACAUUGGAGACAGAUGAACACUGUUACUUCCAUUUAAUGAAGAAUAAAAGAUGAAGAAAGAAAAGCAGCAUAUUCACUAAGAAUUGUAUCUACUUGCUGCUCCAGACCUAUGUAUUAAGGAGAUUUCUGCUACCAAGUACUUAGAAGUUGAUCAUCCCUCGGGUCAGACUGCUUUGGAGUUUUAUACCUUUUAUCUUUUGUUUGGCAGAAGAAAUCCUGGUCAGAAUGUAACAAGACCUCUUUAUCUCACUGCUAUGGAAGGUGAUAAACUGUCUCUCGCUUAUUGAAGUUACAUACCACUCAACUAGAGAAAAUCAUUCUUCAAAGUGAACAGAAACCAAGCCCUUGUGAGCACUUCUGUUGAACAUGACUCAUGGAGAAGAGCUUGGCUCUGAUGUGCAGCAGGAUUCUAUUGUUUUAACUUACUUAGAAGGAUUACUAAUGCAUCAGGCAGCAGGGGGAUCAGGUACUGCCAUUGACAAAAAGUCUGCUGGGCACAAUGAGGAGGAUCAGAACUUUAAAAUUUCAGGCAGUGCAUUUCCCACCUGUCAAAGUAAUGGGCCAGUUCUCAAUACACAUACAUACCAGGGAUCUGGCAUGCUGCAUCUCAAAAAAGCCAGGCUGUUGCAGUCUUCUGAGGACUGGAAUGCAGCAAAGCGGAAGAGGCUGUCUGAUUCCAUCGUGAACCUAAAUGUAAAGAAAGAAGCUUUGCUGGCUGGCAUGGUUGACAAUGUGCCCAAAGGCAAACAGGAUAGCACAUUACUGGCCUCUUUGCUUCAGUCAUUCAGCUCUAGGCUUCAGACUGUUGCUCUGUCACAACAAAUUAGGCAGAGCCUCAAGGAGCAAGGAUACGCCCUCAGCCACGAUUCUUUAAAAGUAGAGAAAGACUUAAGGUGCUAUGGUGUUGCAUCAAGUCACUUAAAAACUUUGUUGAAGAAAAAUAAAGCUAAAGAUCAAAAGCCUGAUACAAAUCUUCCUGAGGUAACUAAAAACCUCAUCAGAGAUAGGUUUGUAGAGUCACCCCAGUGUGCUGGACAAAGUGGAACAAAGGCUGUGAGUGAACCCUUGUCAUGUGCUGCAAGAUUACAGGCUGUUGCAAGCAUGGUGGAGAAAAGAGCUAGCCCUGCCACCUCACCUAAACCUAGUGUUGCUUGUAGCCAGUUAGCACUGCUCCUUUCUAGUGAAGCCCAUCUGCAACAGUAUUCUCGGGAACAUGCUUUAAAGACACAAAAUGCAAAUCAAGCAGCAAGUGAAAGACUUGCUGCUAUAGCCAGAUUACAAGAAAAUGGCCAGAAAGACAUGGGCAGUUUUCAGCUCUCAAAAGGAAUGUCAGGCCAUCUCAAUGGUCAAGCCAGAACAUCAUCAAGCAAAGUAAUGGCUAAUAGAAACAAUGCUGCAGCAUUUCAGAACCCAGUGGGCAUCGUUCCUUCUUCCCCCAAAAAUUCAGGCUAUAAGAACUCGCUGGAAAGACACAAUAUAAAACAAGCUACUAGUAAUAGUUUGCUUUUACAUCUUCUUAAAAGCCAGACCAUGCCUAAGCCAAUGAAUGGGCACAAUCAGAAUGAGAGAGGAAGUAUUUUUGAGGAUAGUAGCACACCUACGACCAUCGAUGAAUACUCAGAUAACAAUCCCAGUUUCACAGAUGACAGCAGUGGUGAUGAAAGUUCCUAUUCCAACUGUGUUCCCAUCGACUUGUCUUGCAAGCACCGGAUUGAGAAACCCGAAUGUGACCAACCUGUUUCUCUUGAUAACUUAACUCAGUCCUUGCUAAACACUUGGGAUCCAAAAGUCCCAGAGGUAGAUAUCAAAGAAGAGCAAGAUACCUCAAAAAAUUCUAAGCUAAAUUCACAUCAGAAAGUUACACUUCUUCAAUUAUUACUUGGCCAUAAGAAUGAAGACAAUGCAGAAAAAAGCACCAGCCCUCAGGGAGUACACAGUGAUAUGACAAAGUUUAAUACACAAAAUUACACAAGGACUUCUGUAAUAGAGAGCCCUAGUACAAAUAGGACUACUCCAGUCAACACUCCACCAUUACUUACAUCGACCAAAGCAGAGUCUCCCAUCAAUCUUUCUCAACAUUCUAUGGUCAUCAAAUGGAAUUCCCCACCGUAUGCCUGUAGUGCUCAGGCUGAAAAGCAAACAAACACUGCGUCUAACCACUUGAUGGACCUUACAAAACACAAAGAAUUGCAAGGAGAGAAAACAACCCAAAAUGAAGUUGUACAAAAUUCUGCAACUUUUAGUGCCAGUAAACUGUUACAAAAUUUGGCACAAUGUGGGAUGCAGUCUUCAAUGUCAGUGGAAGAGCCGAGACCCAGCAAACAGUUGUUAAGUAUAAACACAGAUAAACAUAUAGGUAUGAUCGAUAGAUUAAAUAGCCCUCUGCUCUCAAAUAAAACAAUUGCAGGUGAAGAAAAUAAAGCAUUCAGUGGUCAACCAGCUGGUCCUGAAGCAGGAUUUUCUGGUUCUGAAAUAGAAAAUCUGCUAGAAAGACGCACUGUCCUUCAGUUGCUUCUGGGAAAUCCCAACAAAGGUAAGAGUGAAAAGAGAGAAAAAAUAAGGGAUGAAAGUGCUCAGGAACAUACAGAGAGACCUUUAAAUGAACAGAUACUGAUGGUGAAAAUAAAAUCUGAGCCUUGUGAUGACUUACAUAUGCAUAAUACAGAUGUGCGUCUGAGCCACGAUGCCCCGAGCACCCCAUCCUUGGGGACGGCUCCCCCACUGCAGAGAAGCACGCCUGCCUUACCCGCGCCCGAGGACUUUAAAUCAGAGCCCAUUUCACCUCAAGAUUUUUCUUUCUCCAAGAAUGGUCUGUUAAGUAGAUUGCUGAGACAGAAUCAAGAGAGUUACCUGACAGAUGAUCCAGAUAAAAAUCACAGAAAUAGUGAACUGACACCUCUAGAAUCAAAGAGUCUUUGCAUGGUCCCCAAGAAAAGGAAACUUUAUACUGAACCAUUAGAAAAUUCAUUUAAAAAGAUGAAAAACAAUUUUGUUGAAGCUGCAAGUAAUCACAGUACUCCAGAAGUACUGUAUGGGUCCUUGCUUAACCAGGAAGAGCUGAAAUUUAGCAGAAAUGAUCUUGAGUUUAAGUAUCCUGCUGGUCAUGGUUCAGCUAAUGAAAGUGAACAGAGAGGUUGGGCCAGAGAGAGCAAAAGCUUCAAUGUUCUAAAACAGUUACUGCUUUCAGAAAAUUGUGUUCGAGAUUUGUCCCCACACAGGAAUAAUUCUGUUGUUGAAAAUAAAAAGAAAGGACACAAACAUAAUGUGACUAACAGUAAGAUUGACUUCACCAUGUCUUCAUUAAAUGGACUGAUGUAUGGUUCCACUCAGCCAAACAGUUCUGUGGAUACUAGGACAUUUUCGUAUCCAGGAGUGGUGAAAACUCCUGUAAGCCCUCCUUUCCCUGAGCACUUGGGCUGUUCUAGACCAGAACCUGGGCUUUUGAAUGGCUGUUCCGUGCCCAGUGAGCAGGGACCCAUCAAGUGGGUUAUCACAGAUGUGGGUAAGAAUGAAUAUGAGAAAGACUCCCCAAGACUGACCAAAACUAACCCAAUACUGUAUUACAUGCUCCAGAAAGGAGGCAACUCUGUAACCAGUCGAGAAUCACAGGACAAGGACAUUUGGAGGGAGUCUUCACCUGCUGAAAGUGUCUCACAGAUAGCAAUCAAAGAAGAGUUACUUCCUGCUGCAGAAACUAAAGCUUCUUUCUUUAAUUUAAGAAGCCCUUACAAUAGCCAUAUGGGAAAUAAUACAUCUUGCCCACACAAUGCAAAUGGAGAAGCUUAUGGACUUAUGGGAAACGUGCUGACAAUUAAAAAAGAAUCAGAAUAAAAUAUACCUGCCAUCCAGCUUUGGCUCUUUUUAAAACCAAUUAGUAUGAACUUGAGAUCUGUAUAAAUAAGAGCAUGAUUUGAGAAAAGCAUGAUAUAAUUGAAACUUUUUUCAUUUUGAAAAGUAUUGGUUACUGGUGAUGUUUAAAUAUGCAUACUAAUUUUUGCUUAACAUUAGAUAUCAUGAGAAAACUCUCUUGAAAUAGCAAUUGGUUGUUUUAACAUUGUUGUAUGCAUCAUAUAACAACUGUGAGUAGCCUACAAAUGAAGUUCUUUUAUGGUCAUACAUAAGAGGCAUACAUUAAAAUGUACAAUUCCAUCCACAGUGGAUUAAUGCAUUUUGCUGCCUUUUUUAGGGUACUUUCUUUUGCACUUCAGAUGUCAGCCUACAUUAACCCAUGUUUUUAAAGUUCAAACUGUUAACUCCAUAAAGAAUAAUUAUCAAAUUAAAAACAUCUCAUUAUCCAAUUAAAUAUAACUUGGAAAAAAAGCUCACAUUUUUCACUUUUGCUAAAAAUGAAUGUUUAUUUUUAACUCUUGGAAGGGGUUUUCUGGUUCCCUAUGUGUCUGCCCCACCCCAGGCCUUUUCAAUAUGUAUUUCUUUAAAUGUUGUACUUUUUAGUAAACUUGAUUACAAUCAAUGAAAGUUUGAUAGAUCUUUAAAAAAAAAAAGGGCAGAUUUCAAUUUUUGUAUUUUAACUACUUUACUAAAUACCCCUCCUUUUACAGAAUUAGGAAAGUUAACACAUCUUCAGGUGGUUUUCUGAAUAGUUGACUAUUUAAGAAAUUGUUUUUAACAGAAACAAAAUGGUUUUCUUUGGACAGUUUUUCACCAUCUCUUUGUAAAAUUAAUUCUCACCAUUCCUGUGGUACCUGUGAGUCUUAUAACUAGAAUUUCCUGAAGCUGUACUCAGACCACCGACAUUAGAAUCAUCAGGAACACUUGUUUUAAAGUGCAGAUUUAUAGGCAGCAUCUCAGACCUGCAGAACAAGGACUGCUGCAGAGUGGACCUGGGAAUCUUGCUUCUGCACCUUAACAAGUUUCCUAGGUGUUUCUUCUGCACGCUGAUGUUUGAGAACCAUUGCUGGUGACUUUCUCAGAUCAUGGACUCUAAAGAGGAUGUUUGAUGUCUAUUUUCCCCAGUACAGUCACACAUUAACUAAAAUUUGCAAUAUUGUAGUUCUAUAUUGCCGUUAUGUCUUUGGAAAUCAGGUUCAGAAUACUUUUUAUGACUAAAAAAUUGGGUGGAGGGGACAACUUUCAUAUCUGGCUCAACAUCUCAGGAAAAUCUGAUUAUUUAUUUGUUCUAAUAAGUAACAUCUACUUAAUUAGCCUUAGAGCUGGAAUGACAGGGCCACUUACCAAACUCAGGUGAUUCCAGGGUGGUUUGGAAACUUCUGAAUACAUCCUUAUCUUCUAUUGAAACCAUUGUCCUAAGAACAAUGCCAACAAAGAUUAAAACGUUUAGUUCAAACUGAAGAAAGGUACUGAACUCAGACUGACUAAAGAAAAUUCUAUAAAGGGCACAUAUCCAUGACGGUGUACUCUGCUCCAUUAGACUAAUUCUUUUCAAAUAGUACUUAAAAGUAAACAUCCAAACAGUUUUGGAAAAACUUUCUAUGUUAAAGCCAGAUGGCAUUUGAAACUUGAAACAAGUCUAUUUAAAGUUCAGAUUUUACAAUUCACAAUUCAUUCACCAGAUAUUUUUGUUUUCUAUUGUGAGCCAGGUUAUCAACUGAUCUAUCAAAAAUUAUUGUAUAAUGAACUAUUAAUUAGAAGGAAAUAAUUUGAAAUGCGCUACUUGAAGUUGUUUCUAAGGUUUUUAUAUUAAAAAUGGACAUUAUUUCCUAAUAUAAUCUAAAACCCUAAAUGAUUAUUUUUUUUUGUCAAAAUGAUUUGUAAAUAGUUACUGGAUAUAUAAUACAAUUAUAAGAGCAAAUCUUACGCUCCAUCACAGGGAAGUGAAGGCUCAUGCUUAUUCUGACAUUAAAAUUCCACUGGCCAGUGAAUAUACUGUACUCUGUGUCCAUAUUGUGACAGUCUUGUCUACAUUAUAUAAAUAAGCUUUUACAGCUCUUUUUUCUUGGUCAUUGUGAAAGACCUAGAGCCUUAGAGCUAUGUCAGAAAGAAAUACUGGUACUCACCCUUGUUCGAGAGCAGGCGGAUGUUUUACCAGGGAGUGACCUUUUGGUUAGGGAAAAGAACAUCCAGAGCCAGCACUGGGGUGGGGGUGGGGGUCUGUCUUUGUUUUUUGUUUGUUUAGUUUUUUUGUUAACAAAGGAAUGCAAAUAAGUGAUGGAUAAAUGAAUUUGACCACAAAGAAUACUGUUCUUACUAGAGGAUGUCCCCAAUUUGAGUUCAGACUGAUUCUAAAGAAGGGCAGUGAGAAAGGGCAUACAUCCACAAAUUCACUCUCUUUAUGCAUCUGUAGGUACAAGGGUACACAUACACGCAUUCUCAAGGACUAUUUUAGGUAUCUAGACGGUUUCUCCCUAAUAAGUCAUUUGUGAAAGGGUACUGCAGCUCUCAUUGACAUCAGUAAAGUAAUACUGCCUGUUUAUUCUCUGCUGCAUCUUAUAGGAGAGUAAACUGGCGAGAGUAUAUAUAUUUUAUAUAUAUAUAUAUAUAUGAUAUGUAUAUAUAUAUAGACUUGUUACAUGAAGAUGUUUAAAUUGGUUUUUAAAGGUGAUGUAAAUAGUGAUUUCCUUAAUGAGAAAUACAUAUUUUGUAUUGUUCUAAAGCAACAGAAAAAAAGCCUUUUAAUCUCUUUGGUUCCUGUAUAUUCCAUGUAUAAGUGUAAAUAUAAUCAGACAGGUUUAAAAAUUGUGCAUGUAUGUAUACAGUUGCAAGUCUGGACAAAUGUAUAGAAUAUACUUUUUAUUUAAGUUGCGAUUACUUGCUGCAUGAAAAGCGCAUGGGGGACCCUGUGCAUCUGUGCAUUUGGCAAAAUGUCUUCACAAGUCAGAUCUGAUGUUCAUCCCAACACGGCAGUAUUCCAUUUCUGGACAUGACUUCGUGGCUUAAGCUCUGUGAAAGAAUGUGCUUUGAAUCCAAGGGUCUUAAUUUUUUUAAUCUAAUCAACUACUUUUCAACAUAAAGAGUUCACACAAGUACUUUCAUGAAUUUUUAAAUCCCACUGGCAACAAACAUAAUAUACCAGGAGUAUUCCUGUAUUAACAAAUACUGGAAUACAGACUCAUUACCAUUUAUGGUAAGAAUUCUGAGGUUUACACAACCAGUUUUGAUGCAAUCUGCUCAGUAAUAUAAUUUGUCAUUUUUGUUGGAAGUUUAAUUUCUUCAUGUGAUGUCAAACUGUACAUACUGCAGUGUGAAUUUUUUGUUUUGUUUUUUAAUCUUUUAGUGUUUACUUCCUGCAGUGAAUUUGAAUAAAUGAGAAGAAAUGCAUUGUC